GAGAGUGGAAGUGACUGAGCGUUGCUAUGUACACAGACCCCACCACACACAGCCCAUAGGAUUCUGUGAAGUGCUCCUGCCUGAGAGAACACUCAUCUCAGAAGGAGGAAGGACAGCAGAGGCCAGGUGCCUUGCAGGAGCUGAAGUUCUUCUCCUCAGAGAAUGGCCAGUACAGUGAGAACAGAUAUGGAGGUAUCCUCUGAACUUUUCAGCAAUGGGUGUACCUUCUGGCAGAGGGUUCUCCUUACAGCCUCCCUCUUAACCUGCUGGCUCCUGCCCACCACUGCCAGAGUCACCAUUGAAUCCUUACCACCCCAAGUGGUUGAAGGAGAAAAUGUUCUUCUACGUGUUGAUAAUAUGCCAGAGAAUCUUCUAGUGUUUGGCUGGUACAGAGGAAUGACAAAUAUGAGGCAUGCAAUUGCACUACAUUCACUGUACUAUAGUGUAACGGCGAAGGGGCUGAAGCACAGCGGCAGAGAGACAUUAUACAUCAACGGGACCCUGUGGAUCCAAAAUGUCACACAGGAGGACACAGGAUAUUACACUUUUCAAACCAUAAGUAAACAACGGGAAAUGGUAUCAAAUACAUCCCUGUACUUGCACGUGUACUCCUCUCUUUUCAUCUGUGGGCGUCCUACUACCCUUGUACCUCCCACUAUUGAAUUAGUGCCGGCCAGCGUUGCUGUAGGGGGAAGCAUUCUUCUCCUUGUUCACAAUAUUCCAAAGUAUCUUCAAUCACUUUUCUGGUACAAAGGGCUGAUUGUAUUUAACAAGGUUGAGAUUGCUCGAUACAGAACAGCCAAGAAUUCAUGGGAACCUGGUCCUGCCCACAGCGGUAGAGAGACAGUGUACAGCAAUGGAUCCCUGCUGCUCCAGAAUGUCACCUGGAAAGACACAGGAUUCUAUACCCUACGAACUCUGACUCGGUAUCAGAAAAUGGAAUUAGCACACAUUUACCUUCAGGUGGACACCUCCAGUUCCUUGUGUUGUGACACUCUCGACUCUGCCCAACUCGGCAUUGAUCCAGUGCCACGGCACGCUGCUGAGGGGGGAAGUGUUCUUCUCCAGGUCCAUAAUCUGCCAGAAGAUGUGCAAACCAUUUCCUGGUACAAAGGUGUGCUUAGCACUAAGGACUUUAAAAUUGCAGAAUAUAGCAUACUGACAAAGUCCAUCAUCAGUGGCCGUGCACACAGCAGAAGAGAGACAGGGUACACCAAUGGAUCCCUGCUGCUCCAGGAUGUCACUGAGAAAGACUCUGGCUUGUACACACUAGUAACAAUAGACAGCAAUGUGAGAGUUGUAACAGCACACGUCCAAGUCAACAUCCAUAAGCUUGUGACACAGCCUGCCAUGAGAGUCACUGACAGCACAGUUAGAGUACAGAGCUCAGUUGUCUUCACUUGCUUCUCAGACAACACUGGGAUCUCCAUCCGUUGGCUCUUCAACAAUCAGCGUCUUCAGCUCACAGAGAGAAUGACACUGUCCCCAUCAAAAUGCCAACUCAGGAUACAUACUGUGAGGAAGGAGGAUGCUGGAGACUAUCAGUGUGAGGCCUUCAACCCAGUCAGCUCAAAGACCAGUCUCCCAAUCAGCCUGACUGUGAUGAAUGAGUGACCCCUCUUCUCAUGCUAUAGGAGGGUGGGGGAAUUUCUGUAUUGAGAGGCCCAUACCUACCCACACACACAAAAUACACAUUUCCAUUUAUUGUCAUGGCCAAUUGGCCAUCUCUCCCAUCCCUCUCCACACCUGAUCCUGAAUCCUCCAUUUUCUCCCACAUUCCUUCUCCUACACAGUUACCUCCCUCCAUUUGCUUCCUACUACCAUUUUUCUCCCUUCUAUGUGAGAUUCAAUUAUCCUCUCUUGGGCCUUCUAACUUGUUUAUCUUCUUUGGAUCUAUGUAGUGUAGUGUGUGUAUCUUGUAUUUUAUGGCUAAUGUCAACUUAUAAGAGAGUACAUAUCAUGCAUUCCAUUUUGGUACUGGGUUACUUCACUAAAGAUGAUAUUUUCAAGUUCCAUUCAACUGCCUUCAAAUUAAUGAUGUCUUUGUUUUUAAUAGUUGCAAUGUAUUCCAUGAUCCUCAUGGUA